AUGAACUGUCAACGCGUUUGUUUACCACAUAUUGAUACGCAUCUUUUUCAUCGUGUUUGCAAAAGUGUACGAAAAUCGUGCUAAAAUUGUGUAUUUUUACUUCAUCCAGCCAAAAUGGAUGAAUUGGAGCAGCUUGAGCAUCUUUCGCUGGUGUCCAAGAUUUGUACAGAGCUGGAAAACCAUCUCGGCUUGAACGACAAAGAUUUGGCGGAAUUCAUCAUCGAUCUGGCACACAAAAAUCCCACCAUCGAAGCGUUCAAGCGUGUGCUGGUCGAAAAUGGGGCCGAAUUUUCCGACUCGUUCACAACGAACCUGCUGCGUAUCAUACAGCUGAUGAAGCCCGCCGGGAAGCAGAGCACAUCCGCGUUCGAGGACGACGCAAACGAUGGCAAGAACCUUGCGUACAAGUUUCCCGGCUUGGCGAUACCGAACAACAAAAAAGCGUACUCUUCGGAUGAGGAAGCGGAGGACGACACGAAGCACGACAAAAAGCGGAUAGAAAAGUAUAAAGACAGGAAGGAGGAAAAGAAACCCCUUGGCGGUGGUGAUGUGGUGGACGAUAUGUUUUCGGAGUUGGAACAGAUGGCACCAUCGAAGGGAGGCAAAGAGGGUGGAAAGUCGCGCGAGCAGCUCGAGGUGGACAAUAUGUUUGCGGAGCUGGAGAAUCUAGCCCCUUCCAAGUCGACCGAAGAGGAAAAGGAAGUGGCGAAGCGUCGCGAUCGCCGUAGCCAGUCGCGAGAACGAAGGAGAGAGCGCAGCAAAUCGAGAGACAGGCGUCGGGAUCGAAGCAAAUCGCGAGAUCGUCGAAGAAGAAGCAGAUCCAAGGAUAGAAGACGCAGAAGUCGAUCGAAAAGUCGUGAUCGGCAUGAUCGAGAUAGAACAAGGGACCGGGACCGGGACCGCGAUCGUGGAGGUCGAGACCGUGAUCGAGACCGCGAUCGGGAGCGUGAUCGGCGUUCGAGAAGAAGCCGUUCGCGCAGCAAUUCGAAGGAGCGGUCCCGCCAUCGCAAUCGUAGCAAUUCCCGGGAACCGCCAGCGGCCAUGGAGAAGCGCAGAAUGCCUCCACCCAUGCCGGAAGAGCCGGAACCGGGCCAUAUCUACGACGGGCGCGUGGUGAACAUUGUCGCGUUCGGAUGUUUCGUACAGCUGAAUGGGUUUCGGCGCAAAAAAGAAGGCUUGGUGCACAUUUCGCAGCUUUCCACCGAGGGCAGAGUAAAUCUCGUGACCGAUGUCGUUAACCGCGGUGACGAAGUGAAGGUGAAGGUGAUGUCCCUGGCGGGGAACAAAAUUUCCCUCAGCAUGAAAGAGGUGGAGCAAUCGAGCGGACGGGAUCUGAACCCACUUUCUCACGCACAUUUGAAGGAAGGGGGCGAUGGGGAAGCAGGCGCCCGCAAUCCCGAUCGUCCAAUGACCGUUCCGUCGAUGCUGAACCUCCAGGAGGGCACGCUGGAGCAGGUAGAAGAAACGUCCCGCAAGAAGGUGACGCGUAUCUCUUCGCCCGAGCGCUGGGAGAUUAAGCAAAUGAUCUCGUCCGGUGUGAUCGAUCGCUCCGAGAUGCCCGACUUUGACGAGGAGACGGGUCUGCUGCCGAAGGAUGAGGACAGUGAGGCGGACAUUGAGAUAGAAAUCGUGGAAGAUGAGCCCCCGUUCCUGCAGGGCCAUGGUCGCGCCCUGCACGAUCUUUCGCCGGUGCGUAUCGUGAAGAAUCCGGACGGUUCGCUCGCCCAGGCGGCCAUGAUGCAGACGGCACUGGCGAAGGAGCGGCGCGAGCAGAAGAUGCUGCAGCGCGAGCAGGAGAUGGACGCGGUGCCCACGAACAUGAACAAGAACUGGAUCGAUCCGCUGCCGGAUGAGGAUGACGAGCGAACGGCGGCGUCCAAUACGCGCGGUGUCGGCAUGUCCACGCAGGACGUGCCGGAGUGGAAGAAGGCCAUCAUUGGCGGCAAGAAGAGCUCGUUCGGGCGCAAAACCGACAUGAGCCUGGUGGAGCAGCGCCAAUCGCUGCCCAUCUACAAGCUGCGCGACGAUCUCAUCAAGGCCGUCACCGACAACCAGAUACUGAUCGUGAUCGGCGAGACGGGCUCGGGUAAAACGACGCAAAUCACGCAGUACCUAGCGGAGAGCGGGUUUAUUGCGCGGGGCAAGAUUGGCUGUACGCAGCCGCGUCGUGUUGCGGCCAUGUCGGUGGCGAAGCGCGUGGCGGAGGAGUACGGUUGCCGACUCGGGCAGGAGGUUGGCUACACGAUCCGCUUCGAGGACUGCACGAGCCAGGAAACGGUGAUCAAGUACAUGACGGACGGUAUGUUGUUGCGUGAGUGUUUGGUGGAUUUUGACCUCAAAUCGUACUCGGUCAUCAUGCUGGACGAAGCGCACGAGCGUACGAUACACACGGAUGUGUUGUUUGGGCUGCUGAAGCAAGCCGUCCAGAAGCGACCGGAACUGAAGCUGAUCGUCACGUCGGCCACGCUCGAUGCGGUCAAGUUUUCGCAAUAUUUCUUCGAAGCACCCAUCUUUACCAUCCCCGGACGAACGUUUCCGGUGGAGAUUCUCUACACAAAGGAGCCGGAAACGGACUAUCUGGACGCAUCGCUCAUCACCGUCAUGCAGAUCCAUCUGCGUGAACCGCCGGGGGAUGUGCUGCUCUUCCUCACCGGUCAGGAGGAGAUUGAUACUGCCUGUGAGAUUCUGUACGAGCGGAUGAAGUCGUUGGGUCCGGACGUUCCGGAACUCAUCAUCCUGCCCGUCUACUCUGCCCUCCCGUCGGAAAUGCAAACGCGCAUCUUCGAUCCGGCGCCACCCGGCAGCCGUAAGGUCGUAAUUGCAACCAACAUCGCCGAAACGUCACUAACCAUCGACGGAAUCUACUACGUGGUCGAUCCCGGCUUCGUCAAGCAGAAGGUGUACAACUCGAAGACGGGCAUGGAUUCGCUGGUGGUUACGCCCAUCUCGCAAGCGGCCGCCAAACAGCGGGCGGGCCGUGCCGGUCGUACCGGGCCGGGCAAAGCCUACCGGCUCUACACGGAGCGCGCCUAUCGGGAUGAAAUGUUGCCCACUCCGGUGCCGGAAAUUCAGCGAACCAAUCUAGCCACCACCGUGCUGCAACUGAAAACGAUGGGCAUUAACGAUCUGCUGCACUUUGAUUUCAUGGAUGCGCCGCCGGUGGAAUCGCUGGUGAUGGCACUGGAACAGCUCCACUCGCUUUCAGCCCUCGACAAUGAAGGUUUGCUCACGCGGCUCGGCCGAAGGAUGGCAGAGUUUCCGCUCGAGCCGAACCUUUCUAAGCUGCUGAUCAUGUCCGUAGCGCUCCAGUGCUCCGACGAAGUGCUCACAAUCGUUUCGAUGCUUUCGGUGCAGAACGUGUUCUACCGGCCAAAGGACAAACAGGCACUGGCCGAUCAGAAGAAGGCAAAGUUUAACCAAAUCGAGGGUGACCAUCUGACGCUGCUGGCCGUUUACAAUAGCUGGAAGAAUAAUAAGUUCUCGAACGCCUGGUGUUACGAGAACUUUGUCCAGAUUCGAACGCUGAAGCGGGCACAGGACGUGCGCAAGCAGCUGCUGGGCAUUAUGGAUCGACACAAGCUGGACGUGGUUUCGGCGGGCAAGAAUACGGUACGCGUGCAGAAAGCGAUCUGCUCUGGGUUCUUCCGCAAUGCGGCCAAGAAGGACCCGCAGGAGGGCUACCGAACGUUGGUGGAUUCGCAGGUCGUUUACAUUCAUCCAUCCAGUGCACUGUUCAACCGGCAACCGGAAUGGGUUGUCUAUCACGAGCUCGUCCAGACGACGAAGGAGUACAUGCGCGAGGUGACCACGAUCGAUCCGAAAUGGUUGGUAGAGUUUGCACCAGCCUUCUUCCGCUUCUCGGACCCCACGAAGCUCAGCAAGUUCAAGAAGAACCAACGGCUGGAACCGCUGUACAACAAGUACGAGGAACCGAACGCGUGGCGUAUCAGCAGAACCCGAAGGCGUCGCAAUUAAGCACACCAAAAGGCAACGACCAUCUUCUAUCUUCGCUUGUGACUGGGGAGACUACCCGUCUACCGUACAACGACGGGUUGGACUAUCUUUUAAUCUUACAAUAUAGAACUGCCACACAAUGGCUUCCUCUCA